AUGUCAAUGAUAAUUUCUCAAACUCCUAAAACUUAUUUCGGUUCUGACAUUCAAAAAUCAUUAGGUUCUCUUCCCGGAUUUCCAUGGGCAAAAUACCCCGGAGAAAAACAUCUUCCAGGUCAUAAUUACACUGGUCCAGACACAAGUUUAAUAGAUGUCAACAUUUCAUAUCACGAAGAAUAUUUAAACCAUCGCAGGCAGUGGGGGAUACUACCAAACUCUGUGACAAAUAUCCGGGGAUUCAAAAUUGUUGAUACAGAUUUCGAAAAUAGAACAAGUGCCGAAGAACAAGCGUUUUGGAAAAGGAUAAAAUAUGUGACGACAUUAGAUGAUAUAAAACGUCUUUUUUCAAACCCUGACCCAGAUUUACCAAAAAGCAUUUCACCAAUCAUUGAUGAAGUGGGGUUAUUGUUUAAUGGUUUUAGAAUAAGAUUUAGCGGAAAUUCACCACAAUUCAAAAUCGACACAAAAGACUUUAUAUUUACAUUAACAUUAAUAGAUUUAAUGAAUGGCGAGGAUGUUGAAAUUGCCGAUUACAAGGAUUUAGUAGCAUACUCAAAAUUUCUACAUGCGAUCAGAAAGUCAGGACCAGAAACAAGAAGAUUGAAAGAAGUUGAUUUAUAUAUAACAAAAGUUAUUGAGGAAGAGGAUGUAGAUGAUUAUGCAGAAGAUUAUCCAAUCAUACAAGAAAUAGACGAAUUCGAUGAUAUGGUGGCAUCUUGA